AUGGCCAUCUCUGCAGCAGAUGUUCGCAGCGCACUUUCAAUACCAGAGGGGAAUGCGACCGCUGGACCCUCACAACCCAAGAAACAUUUACCACAAAAUGCGCGAAAACCGGAUGGGAUCUCAAGGGAAUUGUACUCUCUCAUCGGCCCAUCAGCACCCUCAUUAGCGGCCCAACUUGCCAAACCACGUCUAAAACAGAAGCCAAAUUUUGGCGGUGGAACCGCAAAAACUAGAUGGGAACUACGACCCUUUAAGAAUGGUGCUCGACAGGAUAACCUUGAACUUUGGCAUUGGGAAAAAGUGACCUCCGAUCCUCCUACCGAAUAUGCCUUUGCAAAGUAUAACACCCAGUCGACUACAUACAUAUAUUCACAAGAUGAAUAUACGCGCUUUCUGGACGAUAAAGAAUGGACCAAAGAAGAGACAGACUACCUAUUCAGCGUUGUACAAGACUAUGACUCUCGGUGGUAUAUAAUCUAUGAUCGCUAUGACUUCCCCGGAGGGCCAACUCGAUCACUCGAGGACCUGAAAGAUCGUUACUACAGCGUAUGUCGGAAGCUGGUUCGAAAUCGGCCGUGGGCAGGGGACGAAGCUAGCAAAGCACAACUGAUAUCUAGUUUCCAGUUUGACAAAGAACGUGAAAUGACCAGAAAAAAAUACAUUAUCAGUCUUGAAAACCGGACACCAGAUCAAAUUGCAGAGGAAGAGGCUUUAUAUAUCGAGGUCAAACGCUUGGAACAUAACGAGAGGAAAUUCAAAAAAGAGCGGGAAAGCCUACUGAGAACGCUUGCGGGCAUUGACUCUGGAUUACCCGACAUUGUAGAGGACGAUGGCACUCAAAUGGGUAUUUCCAAUGAGAAGACGACAACCAAGGGAGCCACUACAAAAAAGAAAGGGGGACAACCAACAGACGUGGACAGCCCAGCCACGCCUUCUGUGGCAUCCACCCCAGCUCUUAAACGUCCAAGCACAACUAAGAAUGCAGUCUACGAUGCUACGCAUUGUAUUAUCCGAACGGAACCGCCAACUUCCGGUGUAGCUACCAAGGCUGCACACCAACCAGCAUACCUACGGUCGUUUAAGCUACCUACGCCUAAAGCUGCCAUUGCACCUAAAAUCACGCAGGCCCUGGCAGAAUUAGGAAUCUCUCACAGCCGACUGGUUAUGCCGACACGUGAAAACACUGCGCAACUGGAGGCUCUCUUGGACGCAACGACAGCUUUGAUUGAAACGAAGCGAGUCAUGGAUAAAGUUGAAUAUGACAUACAAGUGCUAAAAAAUAGGCUGGGAAUGAGAGAGGCUAGCCAAGCUGCAACCGAUGUCGAAAUGAAGCAGGAGAACACCGGGGACGCGGAAGGCUCUAAUUUCGGGGAAACGGGAGGCGAAAAUGAAGAUGGCGAAGAUGGGAGAGCUCAAAGUGUUAUGAGUGCUCGGAGUGCGAGGAACAGGAAACAUCCUCGACGAUCUGUAUCGGUGUCGUCCGUAGAUACUGCGUCAACACGAGCAGGCGUUAAACGACAGAAGAAGAACUGA